AUCCAAGUGAAGGUAUCAGUCAUGCAAGACAUAGAGAUGUAGAGCAAGAUAUGGCUGGGGUUAAUCUGCAGAGUGGAUUCUUCAGAAUGUUACCAACUGACCACAUACUCAAGAUCAGCCAUUCCCGCCCACUUCUCCUACCCACACAGGAAAGCAACAGUAUAGCUAGAGAGUGUCUCAAUAUAACUAUUUUAGACU